UAUUAUUUGGUUUUUUGAAACAAAACCUUUAGCCUUAUCUCUUUCCCUCUUCUACACCAUGGGAGACGAAGACAGAGCUAUUCUCACAUUUCACCGUAUACCUUCCCUCAACUCCUCCGUACUCACCUCUUCUCCGUCCAUAUCCAGCACCGUACAGUUUCGCCACCGUGUUUUGCGGAGUUCAGCUCCCGGAGAUGUCGGUUUCGGGAGUAAAUUCGCCUGCAUUACUAUGGCGGAGAAGUGCGAGCAGAGGGAGUUCUCUCCCACGCCGGCGCAGCUCUUGAGCAACCCGCUUGCUAUCCUUGCUCUUGUUCCCAAGGAUGCUGCCAUCUUCGCCGCCGGUGCUAUUGCCGGAGCUGCCGCUAAAACGGUUACGGCUCCGCUUGACCGUAUCAAGCUUCUUAUGCAGACACAUGGUAUACGAAUCGGACAUCAGAGUGCAAAGAAGGCAAUAGGUUUUGUCGAGGCAAUUACUCUGAUAGGCAAAGAAGAAGGGAUGAAAGGUUACUGGAAGGGAAACUUGCCUCAGGUGAUAAGAGUAUUGCCUUAUAGUGCGGUCCAGCUUUUGGCUUACGAGAGUUACAAGAAAUUAUUCAAAGGUACAGAUGAUCAGCUCUCAGUGAUUGGAAGACUUGCAGCUGGUGCUUGUGCUGGCAUGACAUCUACCUUGUUGACUUACCCACUAGAUGUUUUGAGACUGAGAUUGGCAGUCGAACCUGGGUACAGAACAAUGUCUCAGGUUGCUUUGAGUAUGCUCCGGGAAGAAGGGCUUGCAUCUUUCUAUUACGGCCUUGGACCUUCUCUAGUAGGGAUAGCUCCAUAUAUUGCUGUUAACUUUUGCAUUUUCGAUCUAGUGAAGAAGUCUUUACCGGAGGAAUAUAGACAAAAGGCACAAUCGUCUCUGUUCACAGCUGUUCUGUCGGCUGGUAUUGCAACACUAACAUGUUACCCUCUCGACACUGUGAGACGCCAAAUGCAAAUGAGAGGAACUCCAUACAAAUCUAUCCCUGAAGCAUUUGCUGGAAUUAUAGACGGUGAUGGGCUUAUAGGCUUGUACCGUGGCUUUUUACCCAAUGCAUUGAAAACUCUACCAAACAGCAGCAUUAGGCUUACAACCUUUGAUAUGGUGAAACGCCUUAUCGCCACAAGUGAGAAGCAGCUUCAGAAGAUCACCUAUGAUAAUCGGAAUCGAGACCAAACUUGACAACCAUUUUCUUAACCUUCAUUGGAAUAUGAAAGUUUUGGAGCCGCUAGAAUAUUUUUCGCUGAGAGCGACUAGUUUUACAUUGUAUUUUUGGCUUGUUUUUUCAGUUAUACUUCUGCUUCUGGACCUGUUUUGUUGGAACAAAACUAAGAACUGUUUCGCUUUCUUAGGAAAAAGGAGAAAAAACACACACCA